AUGAAAACACGUAACAAAAUAGAAGAUGAUGUAAGCGGGAGUGAUCUCGAGAUGUUUGAAAUGCCGGAAACCGUGUUAUGCGUUGACACUAUUUGUAAUAUAUGUUACGCCGAAUUCCUCGACGAUGAGGACUUAAAAUUGCACAUCAAGCAAGUGCAUUUAACAGAGACGAGCCGCUCGCGGUACUGUCAAUUUUGCUCUUCGAUAUUCGCCAGCAUCGAGGAGUACGCGUCGCAUCUUUGCGACGUUCACAUACUGAACAUAAGGUGCUGUAAAUACUGUAUGAGGGCGUUCCCCCACGGAUCCGACGUUAAAAAACACGAGAGGAAGCACCUUGGUCCUAGAUCGGCGUAUUCCUGUUCAAGUUGCGGCUCGAUUUUCAACAACAUUAUCGAUUUGAAACAACAUGAAUAUUUCCAACAUAGAGAGAGUAAAGAUGGUGUGCUGUUGCAGGAGUGCUAUUCUUUACUCUCCUCUUUCCUCAACAUAAGUGCACCUGCAUUCUUACAGUCAUUAGAUCCUGGAGACAUUGUAAAAAAUAUAGACGAAAAGGAAACCCCUACUAAAAAUAAAGCAAGUCAUCUCAGUGACAGUAGUAUGAAGUUAGGAAACAUAAUCACACAAAGAGCUGAAACGAAAGGAGCAGGCCCUGCCAUUGAGGAUGAUGUGGAUUUAGUCAUGUGCCCAACCGGCACGGAUCCUGAACAAACCGAUGUAGAAAAGACUGUUAAAAAAGCGGAAAAGGUCAAGCGCAAACGAAAGACGAAGAACAAAGAGUUGCUCUACGUAGACUUGACUCAGGAAAAUGACUCUGAUGAGUUAUCUGAAGAGGAACCCUUGGUGCAAGUCAAGAGACGCACGAGGAUGAGACAGAUCGAGAGGCUCCGUUUUCCGGACUGGCACCAGAGGUCCAAAGAAAUGAAGAAGAACCGGCGCAAGUUCACCUGCAAAAUCUGCAAGAAGUACUGCUACACGUAUCAAAAUUACAACCACCACAUGAGCCUGCAUCAGACGCACGAGAACAAGAAGUGCAUAAAGUGCCCGAAAAUGUUCAAGUCAAAGGAGAAACUAAAAAGUCACAUAAUCAAAGAUCACUCGAGCUCCAAACUGACGGAGACCCUGAGGAACGUGCUAGAACGCCGAAAGAACAACCUCCACCAAGCUAGCAUUGAUGCUCAGAUUCAAGCAGACAGGAAAUCCGCAACAGAGAGGUUUUUGAGGACAAUAAAAAAAGUCGACACCGAGCGCAACGGGGCAGUGGCUAAAGUGACGCAGGUGGUAGACAAGCUGUCAGUCAAGAAGUUCAUAGAGAACUUCACGCCAGAGGCCAACGAUGCCAACACCAAAAGGGGUAAGGCGACUAUCAAAAUUAAUAACAGUGUCACAAUAAAACCUGUGGUUGCUCCUACCAAAAAAUCUCCCACAAUAAAGCUGACGAGAUUCAAACCGGAGCCCCAACUUGGCGCCGUCAAGCUGAAGCUACCUGAACGGUUCAAACAAACACCCAGGGAGGAGUGCAAUGUCAGCAUCAAGCUGGUGCAGGGGCAGACUCCGCGCAAGAUGAACUUCUACUCCCCCGAACACGGAACGGAAGACAAUCCUGUUAGCUACGACUGCGAAGAGACAGAGCCGAACGACUAUGAUGAAGGUGAACCAGUGGAAACUGUCAUCCCCGAGGUGGCGCAAGAGGUGAUGCUGGAGGAAACGGAGGAACUACAAAAGCCGGUGAACGUAAUGCACAAGAUCGUUAUACCAAAUCUGCCGCAAGUCUACAAGGACGUCCACAUAGCCCAUCUGCUGCCGGAGGCGCCGUUCUACAAGAUCGUCAAGAUUGACGAGGUUCUGAAGAAACAGGAGACAAAGGAUGAGGAGGACCCCAGCUCGCAGAGCAUAAAGCUGCCAGACGGGACAACCCUUGUGAACGUCAACCCACUGGCACACCUUCUGGCGGGUAAACAUGUCGAGCCACCACCGAAAAAGAGGUACAAGGCGAAACCGGUUGACUUCGAGAAGGCCGUUGCCAAAGCACUGCUGAAAGUGACGAAGGCGCCACGAAUCAGGAGGAAAAGUAAAGUUAAUAUGCAAAGCGAGCAG